CUGGUGCCCGCGGCGCGCCAGCAGCACUGCACGCAGGUGCGCAGCCGGCGGCUCAUGAAGGAGCUGCAGGACAUCGCGCGCCUCAGCGACCGCUUCAUCUCCGUGGAGCUGGUGGACGAGAGCCUCUUCGACUGGAACGUGAAGCUGCACCAGGUGGACAAGGACUCGGUGCUGUGGCAGGACAUGAAGGAGACCAACACCGAGUUCAUCCUGCUGAACCUCACCUUCCCCGACAACUUCCCCUUCUCGCCGCCCUUCAUGCGGGUGCUCAGCCCGCGCCUGGAGAACGGCUACGUGCUGGACGGCGGCGCCAUCUGCAUGGAGCUGCUCACGCCGCGCGGCUGGUCCAGCGCCUACACCGUGGAGGCCGUCAUGCGACAGUUCGCCGCCAGCCUGGUCAAGGGCCAGGGACGGAUCUGUAGAAAAGCCGGCAAGUCAAAAAAGUCCUUCAGUCGCAAAGAAGCUGAAGCUACCUUUAAGAGUUUGGUGAAGACUCAUGAAAAAUACGGUUGGGUCACCCCGCCUGUGUCUGACGGCUGAUGCUGGCGCCCAGCAUAGACGCACGAGCCACCCACCCACGUGCCCCCGACGCCCUGACAUCUCCUCCUCAGCGCUGCACAUCCUCCAUCCUGUUUUUAUUCCAGCCAGAACUGCAUCCUGAAUGCCAAGGAGACAUUUAAGUUAUUCACGAACAGAUGUGUUUACAGAAAGAGAGCGCACAUGCUGUUCAGGAUUACGUUUCGAUUAUAAAUGAAUGAUCAUCUCGAAGUCACUUUGGAGCAAAUGUUGACAUGGUGACAUUUCCCAUUGCCUUUAGCUUCUUCCAUGACAACAGCUCCAGUGAGCGGGCAGGAAACUCCAUGCCCCUUCCCGCUCCAUUUCCAUGUAAGUGGCACCAUUCGUUAUUUCCUAGGAACACCGUGCAUCGCAGCACAUGUGCACUGUGCCCUGUAUCUGUUUCUCUCCCUGACAGGUCAAUGUAACUCAAAGAUGUGUCUUUCUGUGGCCUGUGGUCUGCUGUGAUGACACUUAGACCUCAUUUGUGCUCUGACCUUUGGCUCAUGAAAACACAAAUUUAACAUUACCAAGUUCUAGUGAUUUAAAACUACAACUGCCCACUUGGUGAAAAUGUGCUCUCUCUGCUGAUUUUGUGGUGUGCUGCUGUCCACAGAUAAACCAGUGCCACUAGAUGCUGUGGCCACAGGGCCAGACAAUGGUGCAGAUGCCAGGUGUACCCCCUGGGGCUCAGAGCAAUGGACAGUCCGAUGCAAAAGGUCUCUUCCAAUAUUAGGAAAUGCUCCCAUGAGAGUGCAUUUGUGUUCCUGUCUUCUCUCAAUCACCAAAAGCAAAAGACAAUUUCUCAUUCACUGCAGGCAUCUGGCUCAUUUUAUUAUACGUGCUCGUGACAGGGAAUGGCACAACUGCCAAAGGACACCAAGUGAUCAUACGAUGAUUUGCAUGACUGGGUCUGUUUCUUCAAGCAGUAGUCACCUGUGUGUCCCCAGGCUGGGAUACAUGAACACCCCCGCUGUGGUGUAAACGUCCUAUUAUUUAAUACCCCCACAGUUUCAUUUUUCUCUUCUGUUAAGUUACUUAGAAUUUCUAAGAAACUCCAUGAAUGAGGAAAUACUGUUCCUAAUACCAGGCGGAAAGAGGUAAAAUGUUCAUUCCAAGUGGAAAAUCUUAUUGGACACAUUUUAAAUAAAAUCAUGCAUACCUGAUA